GUGUGGGGGGGUUGUUAUUAUUGUUAUUACAGUUAAAUGGACCGUAAUGGAGUCGCUGUGUGUGCGAACUUGUGCAGAAAUGCACAAGAAAGCAUGCACAUAAAUGGGGAAAAACCGGCUGUAUUUGCUGCAUUUGUGAUGACAGCCUGUAGUGAUUGCAAGUUAACAUCCGCUUUCAGCGCACUGCUGAACGCCUUCUGUACAAAAGCUGCCACUGUUCACGUUGCUGUUGUUACUACUGUCAUGCUGCCUAAUUAUGCUAAUCGCUGUGGUUUCUCUCCACAGAGCACAAUGCACGGAGAAAACCCCUCUCUCUGUAGGAACCUGUCAGCUAUCUGCACCGAGAGAUGAUACGGCGUGAUUUGGUGUAAAUGUUACAUCGAGGCAAUAGGCCAGGCAGGAAAUUGGGAGUACGGCUGAAACAUACGGCUUUGUUACCCAGCAGCUCGUCAGCUUGUGUGUGUGUGAGAGAGAGAAAGGGAGCGUGUGUGUGUGCUCGAAGUGCCUAUGGCGGAGUUUGAAGAGGACGGCAGCCUGCCUCCAUUGAAUCCCGACGAUACUGCCGUGCCCAGCGACAACGCAGCUGGUAAGACGCAUUGCGAAGUGUCGGUCUUGAAUGGAGACUGUGGGAUAUCUGAAAAUAUGGUCGGCUCGGGAUCCCUCGUCGCACCUGGCAGCCAAACCGGGGUGGACAACGCCAACACCUCUGCCGGUCUGGACACCAAAUCUGAAAUACCACGCAGGAGCAGCAUUAUCAAGGAUGGAAAACAGCGGAAGGAAAGAAAGAAGACUGUCUCAUUCAGCAGCAUGCCCACUGAGAAGAAGAUUAGUAGCGCAAGUGAUUGCAUCAGUGCCAUGGUUGAUGGGUCUGAGCUCAAAAAAGUGCGAUCCAAUUCGCGCAUUUACCAUCGCUACUUUCUCCUUGACGCCGACAUGCAGUCUUUGAGAUGGGAGCCUUCAAAGAAGGAAGUAGACAAGGCUAAAAUCGAUGUAAAAUCUAUCAAAGAGGUUCGGACAGGCAAAAACACAGAUACUUUUAGAACUAAUGGAACCUAUGAUCAGAUUUCGGAGGACUGUGCUUUCUCUGUCAUUUUUGGGGAGAACUAUGAGUCCCUAGACUUGGUGGCGAACACUGCAGAUGUAGCCAACACGUGGGUCACAGGGCUGAGGUACCUGAUAUCCUAUGGGAAACAUACCUUAAAUAUGAUUGAGAGCAGUCAGAACAACAUGCGCUCAUCGUGGUUAGGUGAGCUUUUUGAUGAGGAGGAUACUACAAACAGCAAGCAACUUUCUAUAUGCACUGCUGUACAGUUAGUCAAAAAGUUGAAUCCGGGACUCAAAAAUGUGAAAAUAGAACUGAAAUUCAAGGAGCUGCAUAAAGUUAAGGACAAAUCAGGUUCGGAUGUGGCAAAAGAGGAGUUCAUUGAAGUCUUUCACGAUCUUUGUACCAGACCAGAAAUAUAUUUUCUCUUUGUUCAGUUUUCCAGUAAUAAAGAAUUUCUUGAUACCAAGGACUUAAUGAUAUUUCUGGAGGCAGAACAGGGAAUGGCACAAGUCAGCGAAGAGACCAGCUUUGACGUAAUUCAGAAAUAUGAGCCAUCGAAAGAGGGCCAGCUCAAAGGUUGGCUGUCUUUGGACGGGUUCUCUAACUAUCUUAUGUCCUCAGAGUGCCAUAUAUUUGACCCUGAACAUAAAUCAGUCUGCCAAGACGUGAACCAACCCUUGUCCCACUACUACAUCAAUGCAUCACACAACACCUACCUGAUAGAAGAUCAGUUCAGAGGCCCCUCUGAUGUGACAGGCUAUAUCCGUGCUCUCAAGAUGGGCUGCCGCAGUGUAGAGCUGGAUGUGUGGGACGGACCUGAUAAUGAACCUGUAAUUUACACUGGUCACACAAUGACCUCACAGAUAGUUUUUCGCAGUGUCAUUGACGUCAUUAACAAAUAUGCCUUUGUUGCCUCUGAGUUUCCAUUGAUACUGUGCUUAGAAAACCACUGUUCCUUGAAGCAACAGAGAGUCAUGUUCCAGCACCUAAAGAAAAUCCUUGGAGACAAGCUCCACCUAGAUCCUCCAAAACCUGAGGACUGUUACCUUCCAUCUCCUAAUGAACUAAAGGGGAAGAUCCUACUGAAGGGUAAGAAGUUGGGCACAAAUUGCACUGCUUCAGAAGGUGAGGUGACAGAUGAGGAUGAAGGGGCAGAGAUGUCUCAAAGGAUGAGCAUUGAGACUGCUGAACAACAAACAGUUGCACUCAAGAAAUUUCAGCUGUCCAAGGAGCUCUCUGAUCUGGUGACUUUGUGCAAGUCUGUGGAGUUCAAAGACUUUCCAACAUCUUUCCAAAAACAGAAGCAUUGGGAGCUGUGCUCUUUCAAUGAAGUCUUUGCCAGUCGCUGUGCCAGUGAAUUCCCAGGUGACUUUGUUAACUAUAACAAGAAGUUCCUAGCACGGGUUUACCCUAGUCCCAUGCGGAUUGACUCCAGCAACAUGAAUCCACAAGAUUUCUGGAAGUGUGGCUGUCAGAUUGUAGCAAUGAACUACCAGACUCCUGGCCUGAUGAUGGAUUUAAACAUUGGCUGGUUCCGUCAGAAUGGGAACUGUGGUUAUGUGCUGCGUCCAGCGAUCAUGAGGGAGCAGGUUUCAUAUUUCAGUGCCAACACUAAAGAUUCAGUGCCUGGUGUUUCUCCACAGCUCUUGCACAUCAAGAUUAUCAGUGGACAAAACUUUCCAAAACCCAAAGGCUCAGGUGCCAAAGGAGACGUAGUAGAUCCCUACGUGUAUGUCGAAAUACACGGCAUUCCCGCCGACUGCGCUGAGCAAAGGACUAAAACGGUCAACCAAAACGGGGACAACCCUCUGUUUGACGAGAGCUUCGAGUUUCAGAUAAACCUCCCCGAACUUGCAAUGGUGCGCUUUGUGGUGCUGGAUGACGACUAUAUUGGCGAUGAGUUUAUCGGUCAAUACACAAUCCCGUUUGAGUGUCUGCAGCCAGGUUUCCGCCAUGUUCCGCUGCAGUCUCUGACAGGGGAAGUGCUGCCACAUACCUUAUUGUUUGUUCAUGUGGCAAUAACCAAUCGAAGAGGAGGCGGCAAACCUCACAAAAGGGGGCUGUCUGUACGAAAAGGCAAGAGGAGUAGAGAGUAUGCAAGCAUGAGGGUGCUAUUGAUCAAAGCUCUGGAUGAUGUCUUCAAAACAGCCAUUCAGCCACUGAGAGAGGCAACAGACCUCAGAGAAAACAUGCAGAAUGCCAUAGCGUCCUUUAAAGAGCUGUGCGGCCUUUCAGCGGUGGCUAACCUGAAGCAGUGCAUCUUGGCCCUUUCCCCUCGACUGACUGGGCCUGACAAUAACCCCCUUCUGGUGUUCAACCUCAAUGAGCAGUACCCCAACUUAGAGCCUCAAGGCCUGCUACCAGAGGUCCUAAAGAAAGUCGUUACCACAUAUGACAUGGUAAUCCAGACCAGCAAGACGCUGCUAGAGAGCUCAGAGGGGGUGUACGAGAGAAUCCUACAAACCCAAAAAGCAGCUAUGGAAUUUCACGAGAACCUCCACGACCUGGCUGUGAAGGAAGGCUUGAAAGGCAGAAAGCUGCACAAGGCUGUGGAGAGCUUCACGUGGAACAUCACCAUUCUGAAGGGCCAGGCGGAUCUACUGAAGCAUGCCCGAAGCGAAGUCCAGGAGAACCUCAAGCAGAUCCACUAUGCCGCGCUCACCUGUAAACUGACUAAAGGUAGCGCGGUGAGCGGUUCCUUCGGCUCUGAGUCCAAGAGCAGAUGCAGCCUUGAGGCCAUCCCGGAGAAGGCCAUCGCGGAGGAGGAGCUGACGGACGAGGACAACUAGACGCGCAGACCUGACGCCCACCUUCAGACCUCCACUCUGUUCUUGCCUCCUGAGCUCAAAACCCAAAGCUUUGCUCCUUCACCAGUCUGUGUCUUUACCCAGACAUCACUGCUCCGUGCACGCUAGUGUUUCUUCACAUUCCAUCACAAACAUUCCUGCAUCCCAAGCGCAGCUUUAACCUCUCUAACUUCUGCCAUCAGUAAAACGCUGCUUUUCCAGGCACGAGCUCAGUUCACCACACGGCUUCACUGCAAGUUAAUUCAAGUCUAGAUAACUGGCAAAUUACUAAUGGAGCAUUUGCUGCACAUGUGCCACCAAACCUUCCCAGUCAUCAAGCUCAGAUCUCUACAUCCUCCACGCCACUGCACAAGUUUGCUGCCAUUCGUCUAACCCCAACUCUUCUCCUGACUGAACCAGGAGAGAUGAGUGAACUACCAGCCACCAGACUGUUUAAGACAUUCAGCUGUUUGGAGACAGUGCACUUCUACUCAGCAGAACAGGUGUUAAGAAAAGAUAUGAAGGAAAAAAAGCCGCGGAUUGUUGUAAGAGAUUUCCUAAAGCACAAUUUUCUGGAUUUACUGUAUGAAUGUAACGGGACAGGAGGAACAACAAGCCGACGGGAGAAGUCAAUAAAUGGUAGACGAACACAUGUGAACGGGAGUAAAGAGCUGUUUACAAUACUGAACUUGUCCAUGUUUUUGUCUGCCAAAACAGUAUACUGUGUGUAUAUAUGGAGUUUUCUGUUACCUUUUUUUCUGCAGAGUGCAUCAUUUUAUUAUUGUACACUUGGAAAUACAAGAUUUAUUUUAUAAAAGAUAUAUGAAUAUGUCUGUGGAAAUACAAAGUUUUAUUUGUCUGUGGACAUCUGGUAACGAGGUUUAUCACGAGGAAAAGUGACCCGAGUUUUCCCGGUGGAGUGCGCCAACACGUCGAGACAGAAGGACGAAUAAGAGAAUGUAUUCAUACAGUUUCUUUGGUGCAAACAACAACAAAGUCUCAAAAUUCAGAACCAGCAACUGCACGGAAGAAACCGGUGACUGGACGUUAAUGCACUCAACAGCUUGCAGUUUUAAUCACAUUAGCGUUUCAUUGGGGAAUAUAUGGGGCUUUUAUUUUUGGAGCAUGCUCCUCCCACACGAGAGUGCUGAAACCUGUAAUAAAUAUUAAAAAGAUUAGAUUUCUUCCAAGAAAAAAAAAAGAAAAAAAGCCAAACCAAUUCCACAGAUAUUCAAAAUAAACCAAAUGAGAAAUCUGUUCUGGCUGUGGAAAAAAAAGAAAACUCAUCAGUCUGUUUUCUUGUAAUUACUUGGUUUUGCUGAGCAGAAUCAUUGAAUAGAUCCUACAGGGACUCAUCUCAAGGUUUCAAACACUGCCGCUCUCUAAGACACAGCUGAAGACACGCGUACAAGUUGACCUUUGGCCUCAGUGUCUUGGUGCAAAGGUCACGGCGAUAUUAAAUGGACACAGUAGUACUCUUCAAAAUUACAAAUAGGUAAUUUUGAAAAAGGUUUUGAAAACAACACCAAAUAAAAAUAAUUAACAAAAGAACUGAAUUAAAUAGAACAAAUUAUUGACCCCCCAAAAAAGUGCUGGAUGAGCCUUCAUCUUAUUGCAUCUACCAUUUUUAACAGACUGAAACAACCACAAGUCAAAACCAGUGUUCAACAAACAGUGAUAAUCAUCAACCAUUACACAGUCCAUAACAGCCGUCUUCAUGACAAUCACUGUGUUAAGUAAUGAAAUCUAUACGGACAAAGGUGACCUACAUGCUUGAAAUCACUAACCUCAUGUGUUGGGAGCUUUUGAGACAGGACCUCACAUUGUAGACUGGGUGCAGCCCCGUGACUUUGUCGCUGGUUAGUAAAAUCCUGUUAUGAAGCCGAGCGCUUUCCCCAUUUGUUUAAGACAACCCAAAGCUAGCGAUUGAUCCCAUCGUCAUUAGAAGCGUUUACGUUAUUAAGAAAGCGAAGAAGUCUGGGGUAUUUUACCAGAGAUUCCCCUACCAUCAGAGGUUUUUUGUACCCAGAGUCAUUGCUCCCCUGCUGGGGAGCAUGAAAGAACACAAGUUUAAAGCACAUUAGCUUCGCCAAAUCCAUCUUUUAUACUUUCCAUGUUUGAGAUGCUGAGAUAAACUCAAGUGCCUGGGAGGUCUGGGUAGGAGAGAGUUAUGUUUGGCCAAGGUGCAGGGAAGCCAUUGUGAGUACACGUUAAGUCACAAGUUUUAGUUGCGUUCAUUCAAUACUAAAUACUGACUGGCUAUAUUUAGAAAGCCCUGCACACUGAAAAUGUAACCUGUGCAUUUAUUUGUAACACCAUGUCCUCCACAAACCUUUAGUUGAAACCUGUCUUGCUAUUGCAGUACUGCGGUGCACCAUGGCAGAGGUGCCACAGGACUCCUUGUGUGUCUGAGACGUUAGCAGCUUUGAUAAGAAUGGCAGUAUUUGACACCAUGGGUAUGAGAACAUGCUGCACUCACUUUGUAUGGGAAGAAACAAAAGGCUAUGGAUUCAGUUUACGCCACAAAGAUGUUUCCCUGAAAUGCCUCAUUUUGCAGUUACCACAGCUCCACUUAUCCACUUUUAAGUUCUCACCUGACGAAAAACUGUAUCAUACAGCUCAAGCAGAUUCUGUCUGUGAUUAACAGCACUUUGACAACCCUUUGUAAGAAUAUAAACUCAGGGCUGAAGAGAUGGUAGAGAAGGACACCGACUUCAAAGUAAUAAAAGCUUCAUAUCCAUUCCUGGUGACAGAGCAGCAAUCGAUCCACAGUUACCCUUUGAUUAAACUGUGCCUCGCUACUGCUAACUAAAAGCAAGUGCAAGCAGGGACUGAGAAAAGGGCAUUGUCUUUGAACAUGACUUUACUGUGACGUUGCUCCAUUGACACGCCGGCUUGCCUUUCAUUUGUCCCUCCAAUAUUAUCUCUAUUUAUAAUCUCACAAUAGUAAAGUAGAUAUUUUUAAUUACUGGACAAAGGCGGCCUGAAAUAAUAAGUAUAUAUAAAAUAAUUAACCCUAGAAAAUUAUGUAAAAUGCACUUGACAUUUCAGAGCCUUUAAAAGGAGGCCGGUUAUGCUUGUCUUUUAUGUAUACACAUUAAAAAUAGUGGAUGUUCAUAUUUAACAUGGCCAGUUUCAAAUAUGGAGAUCAGCCUUUGUGUGAGUGACCUCUGUGGGCCUCCUGUUAUCCAACUGUGAGAGCGGAUAUCCCUAACGUGGUCACCUGAGGCGCACAGAAGCCUCACCCACCUAUUUAAAUGAUUUGUUCAUGAGGGGCAGCCAAUGAAGAGAAUCUGGUUGAGGUCAGACAGAUGAGGGACAGUGCUGAGGAUUAUUCUGAAAGCUACUCUACACGAGUCCAACAAUAAUCUAUUGGACCACAGAAGGUCUCGUUUUGAAAAUUUUCAAAACAAGUAUCUGAUUUGUUGCCUUAUGGGGAGAGCUUAAUGAUCUGAGGAGAGUACAAAUUAAGUCAGUGCGACUUUGACGCUGGUGUUGCGAUUUAGGAAGAGAUAAAGCUGAAACCUUAAAAAGUUUAACUGUGUGACUCUGCUCACCAGCUGCCCGUCUUUUACACUCAACAAACAUGACUUGGGUUGUGGCACGAUUUUUCUUUUAAAACAGGGUGGUAGCCCUUUUCAAACAAGCUGAACAUCAAUAUCUUUGUCCACAGAAUAAAAAUGAUUUAACUGCUAGCUGUCAGUGUAGCCAAACACAUCCAUAAAUGUCUGCAUCCUUUUUCAAAUUCUUCCUUGUUGCUCAUGAUAAUGUGCGUUUUUUUUUUUUCUUUUAAAUGCUGUCCACACCUCCUGCAGAUCAUAAACCCACAACAAGACGUCAGUGCUGUGCCAGUUGGCGUAUUUACAGUUGUUGUUGAGAGCAUUUCAGCUGUAUUUCAAGUCUCUUUACCUGUCAAAUAAAAAAGAAAAAAAAAUGAACUCAAUAAACAUUGUUGGAUAGAU